UCACCGCUGGGCGACAGAGAGGAAGUCGGGCUCCUUCAGUUUGACUUCGACAGUCUGAACAACAACAGAGAGAGAGAUGAAGGUUUAUUCUCUGCUGCUGUCGAUCGCCCUCGGCUGCUGCUGCUCUGCUGAAGGUCCUCCAAGUCCUCUGCGGAUCCGUCUGAAUUCUGUCUUCCAACCUAACCAAUCUGAGGUGGUUCUGACCGCCGGUUCACCCUUCAAACUCAGUUGCCAUGGUAACGGUUCGGUCCAUUGGACCAGCACUGCCUUCCGCAUGAUGUACAACGACAGAAUGCUGGACCCGGUGGAGGUAAGGAGAUCGAACCCCAGACACACCGGGACGUACCGCUGUGGGUACACCAACAGGAGCCUGGGACACCUGGACACCUGGAUCCACCUGUACAUCAAAGACCCUGCUGACCCCUCCAGUGUGUUCGUCACACCUCGCUCGGCACCGAAUGUUAAGGAGGGCCAGGACUUCCUGUUCAGGUGUCUAUUGACCGACCCGUCCAUCACUAACCUCACCUUCCAAUCAGAGGAGCGGGGCCUGCCGUAUGGCAUGAACGUCACCAUUGAUCGCCAGAGAGGAGCCCUAAUCCGACACCUGCUGAGGUCGUUCAAUGGACAAUACGUUUGUUCAGGCUGGAAGGACGGAAGGCAGUUCAAAUCCGAAGCUCUCAGCCUGGUGGUGAUCCCCAGGCUGCGUCACCCUCCCUCCCUUUCUGUCAGCCAGAAAGAACUGGUCCGAAUAGAAGGAGAGAAUUUUGAGCUCACCUGUCUGACCAGUAACCACAACCAUUUCUACAAUGUCACCUGGACACACGUAAACUCAAAGACACUGAACGUCACCGUCAGCCGUCACUAUAAGAACACCCGACCUUACACGAGCAGCACUCUGACGGUCUCAGGUGUCAGUCAAACACACAGCGGAACCUACACAUGUACUGCUGUCAAUGAAGAAGGAGUCGCCACGGCAACUGCACACCUCAUAGUUGUGGAUGGUCCCUACCUGAGAAUCUACCUGCAGCUGGUGCAGCCUGCUGACAACAAGACCAUAGAGGUCAAUGGGGACCUGGUUGCUAACAUUAGUAGCAUGCCAAUGGCGUUGCAAGGAGAGCUAGAAACUAACAGCAGCAGCAUUUCACUGCAAGUGAACUGGGAACUAAUUGCUAACGUUAGCACCAAUAGAAUGGAUGUGAAUGGGCCUGGCAGUGCAAACAUUAGCGGCAGCAGAACAGUGGAGUUGUAUGAAGGUCGUGAUGUGACACUGACCUUUGUGAUGGAGGCGUAUCCUCCAAUCAGGAACCAGCACUGGACGACACCAACAAACGUUAACAUUGGCAACAAGAACACGGUGUACCAGAAAAGCUACGCUGCGAUUGGCUACAGGUCGGAGGCGAGUUUGUUGCUGCGGCGGCUUCGUCAGGACGACCGUGGACGCUACUCGCUCCACUUCUCUAACAGGUUCUUCAAUGGCUCGCAGAACAUCGACCUCCGAAUUUACCGAUCUCCAAGCGCGGCUGUCCGUCUGGAGAACAACACUCUGACCUGCAGCAGCUCUGGAUAUCCACUACCCACAAUCCUCUGGUACACCUGCCCCAGGGUCCUGGACACGUGUGGAGAUGACUUCACCUAUCAGGUGUCUCCAACUGAUGUGACCACACAGGAGGAGGAGGAGGAAGAAGUGAGAAGUCACCUCCCUCUGUCAGCUGCUGCUGAUGUCACUGUGGAGUGUGUCAGCUCCAACCACGUGGGAGUGUCUCGCCAAGUCUUUCAUCAUCCGUUUGUAGAUCCUACAAGAAAACCUCAAACGUUCUUCACUCCAGCUGUGAUUGGAGCUGGGAGUGCUGCCGCCGUCCUCUUCCUGCUCUUACUGGUCGUCGUCUACAAGUGGAGACAGAAACCCAGAUACGAGAUCCGCUGGAAGAUCAUCGAGAGCACCGACGGGAACUACUACACCUUUGUUGACCCCACCCAGCUGCCGUACAACUACAAGUGGGAAUUUCCCCGGGACAAACUCCGCCUCGGUGCUGUUUUGGGUUCGGGAGCAUUUGGGAAGGUCGUCGAGGCGACAGCGUACGGUCUGGGAACUGACAACAACGCAACGCGAGUCGCCGUCAAGAUGCUCAAACCAAGCGCUCACUCCGAGGAACGCGAAGCUCUGAUGUCAGAGCUGAAGAUCCUCAGCCAUCUUGGUUACCACGACAACAUCGUCAACCUGCUGGGCGCCUGCACUCGAGGAGGCCCCAUGCUGAUGAUCACGGAGUACUGUAGCCAUGGUGACCUGCUCAACUUCCUGCGGGCUCACGCUCAGGACUUCAUGGCGUCCAUUUUGAGAGUGGACGAAGUGGAAGGGGAGGCCUUCUACAAAAACAUGGUCGCCCAGCACGCCAGGCUCAGGAGUGACAGUGGGAUCUCGUGCUGUUCAGAGUAUCAGGAGAUGCAGCCCGUUCUGAGUCCAGGACAAGCACACCUGGGUGUGCAGACUGAAAGCCUGACUGUUGGUGACCUCAUGAGGUUUUCCCACCAGGUGGCUCAGGGUCUGGACUUCCUGUCUACCAGGAAUUGUAUCCACAGAGACGUGGCGGCGAGGAACGUCCUUCUGACUGACCGUCGCGUUGCAAAGAUCUGUGACUUCGGUUUGGCCCGAGACAUUCGCAACGAUGACAGCUACAUUGUGCAGGGAAACGCCCGUCUCCCGGUGAAGUGGAUGGCUCCAGAGAGCAUCUUCCAGUGCGUUUACACCGUGCAGAGUGACGUCUGGUCCUACGGCGUCUUACUCUGGGAGAUCUUCUCGCUGGGUAAGAGCCCCUACCCAAACGUUGCCGUGGAUACCAACUUCUACAAGAUGAUCAAAGAUGGCCGCCACAUGGCUCAGCCAGACUUCGCUCCGGCAGAGAUGUAUCAGCUGAUGACGCUCUGCUGGAGUCUGGAGCCCACAGACAGACCCACCUUCAAAAUGAUUGGCCAUCUCAUUAACAGGCUCCUCCCCUCCACCAGUGACUCAUCGCCACGUCGCAGCGACCAGCCGUACAGGAACAUCUGUGAGUGCAGAGAAGAGGAAGAAGAAGAGCAGGAAGAGGAGGAGGUCGGAGGAGGAGACGCAGUGAAGAGAGGAGAAGAAGAAGAGCGCCGGCGGAGAGAGCACCAUGACGACGACGAUGAUGAUGAUGAUGAUGAUGAGGGAGAGGAGCAGCUGAUGAUGAAGAACAUCUACCAGUUGUCCUGAAAUGUCUGUUCAAAAUAAACCUUUAUUGAAACGCUCAGAGCGAACAACAGGAAACAGCGACGUCACGAUGACGUGUUUGACAGUUUUUCUCAGUCGCUUUGGUGCAUUUCUCAGAUCAGAAUUGAAAUUCUCAAAACUAAUUGUUCAACCUCCACAUCAUCUCGUCACUCGUGCACAUCAUAAAAGCACUUUCUCGUUGUUUUGAACAAAUUGCAAAUGACUUGACACACUGAUGCAAAUGAUUAUGCAUAAUUGUCAGCUGUUUCCUGCAUUAUCAGUUGCUUUUGUCCUGCUGAUCACAAUGAAUUAUACCAGUUCAACAAUCUUACCCCCCAAAACAUCUCGGCAUAAGUUCACUGCAUUAGUCACUACAUGCAAAAUGGUCGAACACGUUAUCAAAAAUCAAAGUUGAAAUGCUUUAUUCAUAUUGUUUGCCUACAAGUUUAUACUGUAGCUAAACGAAAUGUUGUUUCUCAAGGACCAUAAACAAAGUAAGAAUAGACCACAACAACAUCACAAUAGCAACACUCCAAUACUCAAUACCAGUAAACAGUAACAAUACACAGUGAGCAGUAAUAUAUAUGUAUAUAUAUAAACAUAUACAUAUAUAUAUAUAUCUGUUGUGAUGUGGAAGAGAAAUGUUACAAUGACGUGCUCUGUCAACAAAUUACAGUACGAACAGUAAAAGCAUAGCUGUGAUUCCUGUCCUCUCUCCUGCAAUAUAUAACUUUGUACUGGUGAAAGUGAUAUAUGCCAGACAAAAAAAGUGCAGCCUUGUGCAUUUUCAAUCAUUGUCAUCAAAAUCUUAGCCAAAAUAUACAUCAGAAAAUACUUAGAGUACAGUUAUAUUGACAAGAUGGCUAAACAUUUUGACUUGCUUGUUCAUAAACGAGACACGAGGACUUGUCGUUCUGAGGCACUGACAAGUUCAAUGACAGAAAGAUUUGCUUUUGACAGACUAAGGAUUUUGAACAAGUUAUGGGCUUUUGCAGGUAAACCACUGUGUUGUGCCGUUUGCACUACCUGUUUUGAGAAAUGCACUUACUGUUUUGCAAAUGUUGAGGAUGAUUUGAGAAAUGCACCAAAGCGACUGAGAAAAACUGUAAUGAGUUUUAUUUGUUGGGGUUUGUUGGCGGCAGAAAGACCACAAAUCUUUAUUUUUCAUUAACAAACUUUUAUAAAGUUUUUUUACUUAAACAAACUGUUUUUUCUGUUUUUUAUCAACAUGUGGAAUAAAGAAACUGUGACCACA